ACUACACGCUCGUUAAAAAUGCCGAAGUGUGCGUUGAGAAAUUGUAAAAAUAUUACCUCAAGAACGUUAAAAAAGGAUGGAAUAUCGUAUUUUCGUUUUCCUCGUGACCCAAUACGAUGCGGAGAAUGGACAUCAAUCGUCAGCCAACAAAGGCGUGAAGAUUAUUUUAAGCCGAAUAAAUCAAGCGUCAUUUGUUCAGAGCAUUUUUUGGACAAAGAUAUGUAUGUCACUCCAAAAGGCAUAAAACGUCUUCUUAAAACGGCUGUUCCUAGUGUAGUGGAUAUGACACCACAGGACCUCAAAAUUGAAAUACCGGAUGAUGGCACUAAUACUGAAGUCUGUAGUAAGAGUUCAAUGUUUGAUUUGGAAAAUAAACAGGAAUUUAAAACUUCUACUACUUCCCUAAGUAUAGGCUCAGUUUUGGAUACACCUCAAAAAGUUAUAAUAAAAAGCGAACUUCACAAAUGUUGCAAAAGGUUAAUUAGCAAAGAAAAAGUCAUUGACAACUUAAGGAAAAAAAAUUCUAGACUUGUUAAAAAAACCAUUUCACUAAAGAAUGCGUUAAAAGUUUUAAAAAAAGAUUUAAAGAAAACUAAACUUAUUCCAAGGUGAUUAAUGUGUAU